UCUAAUAAUGACAACUUUACUUUCAGCUUUUUCAGCUUUGGAUUUUAGUAAUGAGAUUCACGAAAGAUCUGAGAAUUUGAAAGUUAGUGAUCUAUGUCCAUUUGUAUCUCCACCAAUGACCAAAACUGUGUUGGGAUCCACAGACUUGGGGCAGAUGAACUUAAUAGAUCAAGAAAAGAUGACCACUGCAGCUGCAUUUCUAUUUUGGAAUUACACUCUCCAUGACCUGUGUGAGUCACAGCUACCAGAAAACAAAGAGAGCAAAGAAGAACAAGAUUUAGAAGUGACAUCAGAGCAAAAGCCAGAAAAGCUUGAAGGAAGUGAAAAGAACAAGCCACAGGCUGAGGGAGAAAGGAAGAAGCAUGCAAGGAAUGAAACAGAAGCAUCAAGAAACCUACAUGAUGGCUCCACUGAUGACCAUAUUCAACAAGGAGAGAGUGGAGAAACUGACGGUCAGCAAAUUCCUAGGACAGAGCAUGAAGAGUGCGAUAGAUGAAGAAAGUAAAGAAAAAUGAACAUGAAGAAUGGAUCACAACAGAAUCUGUGACUCUGCUAGUAUUUAAGAAGGCCGAUUUAAUAACUCAUGAUCUGCUGCAAGUGACUGAUGACAGCAGUUUAACUGAAAUAGAUGAGAAAGAA